AUGGAGAACACCAGCCCCACCCCAGCCUCUGUAUCCCCACAGCCCGUCCACCUCGUCCUCCUCGUGCAUGGUAUGUGGGGUGACCCGCAACAUCUCUCCAACAUGGCCUCCCGCCUACGCGAGCAAUUUCCCGCCUCCUCUAUCAAGCCCGGACAACCCCUGUUAGACGUGCUGGUCGCUGAAGCUAACAGGGGAAACCAUACGUACGACGGGGUGGAUUGGGGUGCGGAAAGGGUCGCGGAUGAGUUUCUGAGUUAUGUGGAUAAGCUGGAGCGGGAGGGAAAGGUCGUCCAGCGACUCAGUAUUGUUGGAUAUUCGUUGGGUGGACUCAUCGCUCGCUAUCUCAUUGGUAUCUUAGAAACGCGAAACUUCUUCUCCCGCGUCGAGCCCCGCGCCUUCUACACCUUCGCAACUCCGCACAUCGGCCUUCCCCGUUAUCCUUCCUUUUACAGCUCCCUCACCUACACCCUUGGACCGCGCUUCUUGUCCCGCACAGGCGAGCAGUUCUACGCCAUCGACCAAUGGGGCACUUCAGGUCGCCCACUACUCGAGGUGAUGGCAGACCCGCAAGGAGUCUUCUACAGGGGAUUAGCGAGAUUUGCGAGGAGAGAGGUCUAUGCCAACGCCGCAGGAGACGUGACCGUCCCUUACGUAACGAGUGCGAUCGAGGUGCACGACCCAUUUUUCCACUAUCAGUCUAACGGGAUCCAACUGGAAUUUGACCCUAAACACCCGCAUAUGAUCACAAAGUGGGAGCUGCCCGUUCCAGUAGAGAAGCCCCAGCUUGCGAUCAUGUCCUGGGAAUACCUUCGAUCUCUUUAUCCUACCAGGCCCGUCCUUCCCCCUCACUUGCAAUUCUCCUAUCCUUACAACUAUGUAUUCUUCGCUCUCUCCCCUUUGCUCGUACCCUUCGUAGCCCCCAUCAUACUCCUAGCCCUAGUUUACCGGUUCUCAGCAGCUACACGGGAGUCCCGCAGGCGGAUAGCGUUGCUCGAGUCCGACUCAGAGUGGGAAGACAACACCUCCCUCGCGCUGAGUAGGCGGCCGACGCUCAUGUCACUGUCGAUGUCGGGCUGGUCCACACCUACCAGCUCAAUGGAGCAAGGCUCCAGUGAGAGUACCACGCCCGCCCCUACCCCCAGCCCCCCAAUGAACGGCAACAACAACAACGCCCUGACCCUCCCCAAACCUGCCACAUCCUCGUCCUCCGCCUCCCUCCUUCAGCUCGCUACCCUCGCUGCGACGUCAGACGGCUCCGACGGGCCCCUUCCCGCUGAAAACGCACUCGCUGCCUCCGCAGGGGAGCAGCCAAUGCUUACUUCCCUCCAGCUGCGCUGUGCUGAACAGCUGAACAAGCUUGGAUGGGGGAAGAAGCUGGUGCUUAUUGAGGGGGUUAGGAACGCUCAUGGACCGUUGAUUUGUAGGGCGGCGUUCCAGAUGCAGGGGAAGGAUGUAUUGGAUGUUUGGGCUGAGGGGUUCGGUUUGUAA